AUGUUAAAAGAUCUUAUCGAACGUGAGAACUCCGUGGAGACGAUUACCUCCUUUAAUACAGGGGAUAGUUGCUCGACGGUGUCUCCGAGGAGCUCGGAGGACGACCUCGAACCCCCCGAACCGGCCGAUUUGCACGGAUUUCCUUUCGUUUCAGCGCAUGCAUACGCACUUCGGGGGUACGACGUGCAGGCGGUAGAUUCCAACGCGGUCGACCCGCACCCCACUUCGUCUGUUACUCUGACGCUUCGAUGGGGCUUCUCAGCGCCGCGAGCACACCUUCCAACAACGAACGGCGGCAGUUUCACUCCUUCCUCGGGUUCCUCUCCGAUGGUGUUUCGUGAAGGCCUCGCGCGGCUUGUUUUUCCGCUCCCCGAGGAAGCCGUACGUUGGACAGAUCGGCGUCUUGCUCUGGUGUUGGCUGUUAAUCGUGAUCUUAUCUCUAAAUGUGCUUCACUUCCACCACAACAGUGGAAGUCGGGUGGUUCAAACGAAGAAGCAGCUAAUGCAGGAGCUAAGGAAUGUCUUCAUGGGUUGAAGUCGACCGAUCUCGCCAGUCUCCCGAGAGAGGGCAUGCAAUUAACGCUUUAUUUCACUCAGAGAGAAAUGUUAAGUCCACCUAAUGUGAAGAUGAGCUCAGAUCCUCAUGCUCAACCUUACCUUUGCCAAUCUUUUGACUUGGUGAGCUUUACAACUGAAGGCACUGAGGCCCUUUGUGGGGUACCCUUGAAACCCUUUCACCGCUACCACCUAAAAUAUCACCCUGAACGAGGGAUUGAGCUCAAUUUGAACAAGCAUUUCGUUCUACACCUGUUUGAUCAUUCAAAAACCCAUUUAGGGAAAAAGGAGUGCGUUUCCGCGCCCGUUCACCCGAAUGUUGCGUUCGAAGUGGGCAAACGAGUCAGCAAGCGUCCACGUAAAAACCGAGUUUCGGGAGAAGCCUCCCGCACGUCUGUUGGAGCUGCUGCCCUUGCGCAAGGGGGUACCCGACCUCCACGAAAACGGAGCACCGUUCAACGGGCACCCCUCCCUCCUCCAGUCGAGCACUCCUCCAUUGAUUCCUUCCCUCCCUUUUCGUCGGAAUCGGGAAAAAGCGACGAGGUGGUGAGAGCUCCCCUUUUACGUCGCAGAAGGGUGCUUUUCACCACCGGGUUGCGUCUAAACCCCUCUCAGGAGCGUGCUUGCGCGGGGUUGGGGUUUGUCAUGAAUCCAUCCCUGGCAAAGGCGCGAGAGGCCUCAAUCUUGGUCGUUCAGGCCCCGCUCAUGCGCAGCGUUAAACUUCUCACCGUUCUUCCGUAUAUCAACGCGUUGGUGGAUCGGCGGUGGCUGGAUGACGUGCUCACGCAAGGAAAUCCGCAGCUCCCGGUUGAGCCCUACGCGUACGCGGAGAACAAACGCGAGGGCGGGAUUGAGCACACCAACGGAUUUUCCAUCGAGCGCACCCUCCGUAUCCCGCUUGAGCAGCGACAACGAUUGUUCGCGGAGCAUGUAUUUUGGAUCCAUCCCUCAGCCGCGCCGCAGGAACCCCCUAUGAACGAUUUGCACUCCGUUUUAACGGCCUCAGGUGGAAAGAUUUCCAAAAGCAUAACGGAGGCUAGUAUUUGGGUGCUACCCUCCCGUACUCCAUCUGUAGCUUCCCUGAAGUUUAUCUCCAAAACCCUGAUGUGUGAAGAGAUCGCGAACCAACGACGUUAUCCGCGCCGCACGGCCGUUUCUGAGGAUGAGGUGCCUCUUUCGAAUCUUUUAAGCUCUUCCGUGGGCAUCGUUGUACCCGAUGAUAUCUUUCGCAGUGUCUUGCAGCAGGAGGAUUUGGGUACCUUUGCGCUUCAGAUCAGCAGCAUAGCAUCUAAACUGGUGCUUACGAAUACGAAAAAACGAAUCUGCACUCCACAACGCAAGGCUGCUAUCCGAGUAAGCGAAAAUACUACAGGCGUGAGCAUGCAUUAA